AUGGCUCAGCUUUGGCCAACGGAAGUGUACUUGUCCCCGCCUGCCGAUACGCUGGCAGCGCCCGAGGCGGAUGUGCAGCGGCUGGUAUGGGCCGUUGCAGGCGUGUUUGUGGCCGCGUCCGUUGUGUCGUCUGCGUUACUGAUCCGUGGCCACCUCAACCACUUCACGCAGCCAAUCGUGCAGAGCAAGAUCGUAGGGAUACUGUGGAUGGUGCCGAUCUACGCGACGGACUCGUGGCUGAGUCUGCGCUUCAAGGAUGCCGCGCUGUAUCUGGAUCUGAUGCGUGACUCGUAUGAAGGCUACGUUAUCUAUCUCUUCCUGGCACUCAUGAUCGCUUACCUGGGCGGAGGCAGCAACGAAAGAGUCCUUACAACAAUGAGAGGGCUACCAGAUCUAGAACAUCCGUGGCCAUUUAACAGGUGGUUUAAACCCAUUCAGAUGGGACCCAGCUUCUUACGAGACUGCAAGAUGGCAACGAUGCAGUUCGUGGUGGUCAAACCCAUGAUGGCCUUUGUGGCCAUUGUGCUCAGACUCAACGGUAUGUACGAUCAGGGCAAUUUCAGCGCCAAAACAGGGUAUCUGUACACGAGUCUGGUGGUCAACGCCUCCAUCACGUACGCGUUCUACUAUCUGGUACUGUUCUACCUGGCGCUAAGCACACAACUCGGGCCAUACAACCCGGUCCCCAAAUUCCUAUGUAUCAAGGCAGUGCUGUUCCUGUCGUUCUGGCAGAGUGUGGUUCUCGCUUUCCUGUCUCGUUUCCAGCUGAUCCACGAAUUGGGGUCUUGGAGUGUCGAGAAUGUCACCACGGGCAUUCAAAAUCUGCUCAUCUGCUUCGAAAUGUUCUUUGUGGCUCUAGCACACCAUCGAGCGUUCCCUUAUAAGCCGUACGUUCACGGUAAUCGGGCGCUGCGAACAAAUAUCCUGGCUGACCACCUCGCGUUCGAAGACGCCAUGCGGGACUUCAACGAGGUUAUGCCUGUCGUGCUGCCCACGCCUUUCAAACCUGGUGCAGCCACACUUAAGGCCAAAAAGAAGUACGAUUUGGUUCAUCCAAAAGAUGUCUUCGUCUCAGAGACGGUAGGUCUACUAAGUGACGAUGGAGCCACAUCCGAGGCUGAGAGCGAAUCAUCUCUGGGCUCGAGAGCCUCCAGAAGCUCCAAAAACUCAAUCGCAGUAUCACGCGGCUGGAAGUUGUAAGACGCGAUCCUCUUUUUAUCUAUUCGAACAUUACACAACCGAUAUACACUCAAAACCGAUUUUUUUCCCGCCAUA